AUGAAUGAAACAGGUGGAAAUCAUCUCUCAGAACUUGAUUCCUUGCUAAACGAGCUGCACAGUGCUACUGCAAACAACGCAAAAAUUCUUCGCAAUGAUAAUGCUGCUGAUCGGAAUCAAAUGUUCAAGCCACCCCUGGAUAACCUCAUAAAUGACCUUGAAUCUUCAAUUAAAUUAAAUGAAACGCGUGGUGUGCGCUCUUCUACAUCUUACGAUGGAAGAGUCCACCAGCAGCCCCAACCGCAGUCAAGUGAUAGGAGAUACAUGCAAGAAACAAACAUAGACGAUGUUGCACCCAAUCAAGGCAGAUUUUCAGCGCCAGCGGGUGCUCAAGAUGACACCGAAGAAAUUUACGAUAUAGCCACAAUCUCAAAUUCUAAACAUCAUGCAAAUCCUGAGGACAUUUAUGACAACGCAAUAUAUGAUACAAAUUACUAUGUGUCUGAAAACGUCGAAUCUUCAGAAGCGAAUAGAAAUUCAGAGGCGCCUGUUAGCGAAGUAGUUUCUGUUCAGAGCGAGUUUACUAAAGAGCGAGUUUACUCGGAGCAAACAAACCACUCAGAGAAAACGGUUUCUAACUCAAAUCAAAAUCAGCCACCGUCAGCUAAGUCUAGAUUAUCGCGCGGUGAUAUGGAACCAGCAAUGAAUCAAUCAAAAUUAGUAGAUGGUUUUCCAGUUAAUGGCGAUUUCCAGGAAUGCUACGAUGCCGUGACUCAAAAAAUGGCUUCAAUGGGAGUACAUGCACCCAGUAAAGGAACGUGUGAAAAAUGUGGAAUGACUAUUCAUGGACAGAUAGUGACUGCACUGGGAAAGCUGUGGCACCCGCCCUGUUUCUCAUGUGUGUUAUGUGUGAGACAACUGGCCGGGGAGACUGACUUCUUUGACAGACAUGGGGAGGCCUUCUGUGAGUCUUGCUACCAAAAGAGCUUCGCGCCCAAAUGCCACCAGUGCAAUCAGCCAAUCAUAGAUACGUUCGUUUCGGCUCUGGACCAGAACUGGCACCCAGAGUGUUUUGCGUGCAGUCGCUGCAGCCUGAAACUGGGCGAAGGAGAGGUGACUUACCAUGAAGGAGUAGAUGGUAAAGUGUAUUGUGGCAACUGCUACUCACACUUCUGUGCACCCAAGUGUCGGGGCACUAAGUGUGGUGGCCAAAGCAUAGACAGACAGUUCAUAUCCGCACUUGGAGGCCAGUGGCAUCCAGAAUGUUUCGUGUGUGCGGAGUGUGAGUGUGAGUUCUCUAGCAGUGGCAACUUCUUCGAGUUCGAGGGCAAGCCCUACUGUGAAACCCACUACCACAAGAAGAGGGGAUCCUUAUGCCAUAGGUGUGCUCACCCAAUCACCGGCAGAUGCAUCACGGCGAUGGGCGGGAAGAGGUUUCACCCAGAACACUUCGUCUGCGUGUUCUGCAUGAAACAACUCAACAAAGGAACCUUCAAGGAAUACAAACAGCAACCAUACUGUCAUCCCUGUUUUGUAAAGCUAUUUGGCGGACACUAAUAACUAUUUAAUUGGCCUUGCUGGUCGUUGAUAGAAUCCAAUAUCUGGCUUAUCGAUUAAAAUGUUUCAAAAAGCACUCUGUUACAUCCUCUUCAAGAGUGUGAGAAUAAGCUAAUUGACAAAUCUGAUGGUAUAGAAAUAUCAUUUAGAAAGAAGACUCAAUAGCCAUUUAGAAAAGACAUCUAGAAUCAAGUACGACAUAGCCUGGGUGUGAAAGUGAAAUAUCGGUGUACCUAAUCCGAGUCGGGCCAGAUAUUGUUAUGCUUUCCUUGUCGUUGAACACGAAUGAAAAUAAAGUUUCGGUUUAUUUGAAAUUUGUAUUUCAAUUUAGAAAAAAAACAAGUUGUGGGUGCAGAUUUUUAUAAUUUUACGUAGGUUAUUAUGAUUUUUUUUUCAAGUUAAUUUUGAAUACUUAAAAACCAUUUUCAUUAUUGCCGUCUUGCCAUAUAUUUUCUGCAAAAGCUAACAUUUCAUAACUUAAAUUUUAUCUAUUCUGUGCUUGCUCUGAAACCGUAUUUUAGUUCUAAAAGUAUUUUAAUUUCUGAUUUCAUUUGAUGACUUGAAUAUUUUCAAUGACAUGUUUUGUCGUCCAAAACUCAAACCAUUAUUUUAUCUAUUAUUUGCAAUUACUGAUCAGUAUUACAAAGUUUAUUUUGACCGGUACCAGUAACAUGUUGAAAAAUAACCUUAAAUCCUUCAGUGUUAUAGAUUUUAACAUUUCUUGGCGUAGCCGCCCACCUAGCUUCUUAAGACUUGAAUGAGCGGAUAAAUUAUACAAAUUAGUUCUUUUUCUCUCUAAGAUUCACUUCAAUUUUAUUUACAAUUUACGUGGGCUGUUGUUUUUUUUUCUGGGUUAUUAGAUUUUUUUUACUUCUCCACAUUAGUUGUCUAUCAGACGAGGUUUCGAAGUGCAUAUCUUCCUUUUAUGUUUGCAUUAGAAGUAGCUUGAGUUUGUAGUAUUUGUUAAAUGCUCUCAAUGUCCUCGUAAAACUAAAUAACAAUUUUGAAAUUUUAAUUUUUAAUUUAACUGUAAAAUAAUUUGAUUUGAAUUAAUUAUUUGAUUGUAUGUGUUCAGACUAACUUUGUUAAAAACACUCUAAAUUGAUGAUAAUUUAGUUUUAUAAGCUUG